CGCGAGCGCCUCCUGUCGCCCGCAAGGCUCCCCUGCCAUCCUCGGCACCCCAACUCCUCCCCCGCUCGCCUCCUCCUCCUCCAUCCUCCAGUUCAAAAUGGCGACGGCGGCGGCAGCGGCGGCGGCGAUGGCUCCUCCGGGCUGCCCGGGUUCGUGCCCCAACUUCGCCGUAGUCUGCUCCUUCUUGGAGCGCUACGGGCCGCUGCUAGACCUCCCCGAGUUGCCGUUCCCUGAGCUGGAGCGGGUGCUGCAGGCGCCGCCGCCGGACGUCGGCCACGGAGAAGUACCAAAAGAAUUGGUGGAGCUCCAUUUGAAGUUGAUGAGGAAGAUUGGCAAAUCGGUUACAGCAGACAGAUGGGAAAAAUACUUGAUCAAGAUAUGCCAAGAGUUUAAUAGCACCUGGGCCUGGGAGAUGGAGAAGAAGGGCUAUCUUGAAAUGAGUGUUGAGUGCAAACUAGCCCUCUUAAAGUAUCUCUGCGAGUGUCAGUUUGAUGACAAUCUUAAGUUUAAGAAUAUUAUUAAUGAGGAGGAUGCUGAUACUAUGCGUCUCCAGCCAAUUGGGCGAGACAAGGAUGGCCUCAUGUAUUGGUACCAGUUGGAUCAAGAUCACAAUGUCAGAAUGUACAUAGAAGAACAAGAUGACCAAGAUGGCUCUUCAUGGAAAUGCAUUGUCAGAAAUCGAAACGAGUUGGCUGAGACGCUUGCACUCCUGAAAGCACAAAUUGAUCCUGUACUAUUGAAAAACUCUAGCCAGCAGGACAACUCUUCUCGGGAAAGUCCCAACUUAGAGGAUGAGGAGACUAAAAAAGAGGAAGAAACACCUAAACAAGAGGAACAGAAGGAAACUGAAAAGACGAAAGGGGAAAGGCCAGUGGAUUCAGUAAACCACUGCACAGCCAGUGUUUUAGAAGAGACUACUGUAAAAACUGAAAAAGAUGAUGAAAAGGAACUCACAAAACUUCCUAUCAUUUUAAAGCUAGAAAAAUCUUUGCCAGAAAGUGAGGAAAAAAAGAUUAUCAAAGAAGAAAAUGAUUCUUUCAAGGAAAAUAUCAAACCCAUUAAAGUUGAAGUGAAAGAAUGUAGAACAGAUCCCAGAGAUGUCAAAGGCGGCAUGGAGAAGGUAGGGGCACAGGAGCCUGAGAGGCUGGACUUUGGUGGCAAUGUCAGAUCUUCUCAGGACGUUACAGAAAAAUCGCCUGAAGAAACCGAGAAACUUAAAAAUGACCAGCAGGCAAAGAUACCUCUUAAAAAACGAGAAAUUAAACUGAGUGAUGAUUUUGAUAGUCCAGUCAAAGGACCUUUGUGUAAAUCAGUUACUCCAACUAAAGAAUUUUUGAAAGAUGAAAUUAAACAAGAGGAAGAGACCUGUAAAAGGAUCUCUACAAUCACUACUUUGAGUCAUGAUGGAAAACAACUGGUAAAUGGAGAAGUCAGUGAUGAAAAGAUAGCUUCAAAUGUUAGAGCAGAACACAUAGAGACAAAGUUUUAUGAUACAAAGGAAGACCUCUAUAGCAACCUUUCUAAGGACAGAAGUGUCAUCAUGGAAGGAAAUGGAGCAGAGUGCUUAAAUUCUGUCAUAACCAGUACUAAAGUUCAUGAGCUCGAGAAAGACAUGGUCCCUUUAGGGAAAGUUGCAGAUGGUUCAGUGUCAGUCUUACAGACUCACAGUCAAAAAGGGCUGUUAGAGGAACUUGGUCUUCCAGAAAAGGAAACUUCUUUCGAGUCUUCUAAAGUAGCAAAGGAUCUCUCUUUUAAAACUGCUGUAUCUGCCACUGAAUCCUGCACUCUAAAAAUAGAAGAGAAGCCCCCCAAAAGUAAGAAGGAUAAUAGUCCACCAACACUAGAAUGUCUUGAAAAAUUAGAGAAGUGUAAAAAGACGUUUCUGGAUAAGGACGCACAAAGAUUGAGUCCAAUACCAGAAGAAGUUCCAAAGAGUACUAUAGAAUCAGAAAAGCCAGGCUCUCCUGAGGCAGCUGAAAAUUCCCCACCAUCUCAAAUGACUGGCCAUUGUGAGAAACUAGCCUUAGAAACAGAAGGGGUUGAAUGUCAGAGUGUAAGCUCUUUUGAAGGUCUGGAAAGAACAGACCUAGAAAUUCUAAAAGAAGAUUGUGAGUCCAUAAAGGUGGAAAUGGAUAAUCUAGACAAUACUCAGACCUCUGGGUUAGCUGAUCCUUCAGAGACAAAGGAGUCAGUACAAAAAAGCAAAUUUAAAUAUAAGUUGGUUCCUGAAGAAGAAACUAUUGCCUCAGAGAUAACAUCAAAUACAGAGAUAACAUCAGAAAGGCAGAAAGAAGGUAUCAAAUUAACAAUAAGGAUCUCUAGUCGGAAGAAGAAGCCGGAUUGUCCCCCUCAAAUUCUAGAACCAGAAAGCAAGCAAGAGAAGACAGAAAAGGAAGAAGAAAAAACAAAUGUGGGACGUACUUUAAGGAGGUCUCCAAGAAUAUCUAGACCUACAGCAAAAGCAGCUGAAAUCAGGGAUCAGAAAGCUGAUAAAAAAAGAGGUGAAGGAGAAGAUGAAAUAGAAGAAGAGUCAGCAGCUUUACAAAAAACAGACAAAAAAGAAAAUUUGAAAAAAACAGAGAAGGAUACGAAUUCCAAAGUAAGCAAGGUAAAACCCAAAGGCAAAGUUCGAUGGACUGGUUCUCGAACACGUGGCAAAUGGAAAUAUUCCAGCAAUGAUGAAAGUGAAGUCUCUGACAGUGAAAAGUCAUCUGCAGCUUCAGAAGAAGAAGAAGAAAAGGAAAGUGAAGAUGCCAUCUUAGCAGAUGAUGAUGAACCCUGCAAAAAAUGUGGCCUUCCAAACCAUCCUGAACUAAUUCUUCUGUGUGAUUCUUGUGACAGUGGAUACCAUACCGCCUGCCUCCGCCCUCCUCUGAUGAUCAUCCCUGAUGGAGAAUGGUUUUGCCCCCCUUGCCAACAUAAGCUGCUGUGUGAAAAAUUAGAGGAACAGUUGCAAGAUUUGGAUGUUGCCUUAAAGAAAAAGGAGCGUGCUGAACGCAGGAAAGAACGCUUGGUAUAUGUGGGUAUCAGUAUUGAAAACAUCAUUCCUCCACAAGAACCAGAUUUUUCUGAAGAUCAAGAAGAAAAGAAAAAAGAUUCAAAAAAAUCUAAAGCAAACUUGCUUGAAAGAAGGUCAACAAGAACACGGAAAUGUAUAAGCUACAGAUUUGAUGAGUUUGAUGAAGCAAUUGACGAAGCUAUAGAAGAUGAUAUCAAAGAGGCUGAUGGAGGAGGAGUUGGCCGAGGAAAAGACAUCUCCACCAUCACAGGUCACCGUGGGAAAGACAUCUCUACUAUCUUAGAUGAAGAGAGAAAAGAAAAUAAACGACCUCAGAGGGCAGCUGCUGCUCGACGGAAGAAACGCCGGCGUCUGAAUGAUCUGGACAGUGAUAGCAACUUGGAUGAAGAAGAGAGUGAAGAUGAAUUCAAGAUCAGUGAUGGAUCUCAAGAUGAAUUUGUUGUAUCUGAUGAAAACCUAGAUGAAAGUGAAGAAGAUCCACCAUCUAAUGAUGACAGUGACACUGAUUUCUGUAGUCGCAGACUAAGGCGACACCCCUCCCGGCCAAUGAGGCAAAGCAGACGUUUGCGCAGAAAGACCCCAAAGAAAAAGUACUCUGAUGAUGAUGAAGAGGAGGAAUCUGAGGAGAACAGUAGAGACUCUGAAAGUGACUUUAGCGAUGAUUUUAGUGAUGAUUUUGUAGAAACUCGGCGAAGGCGGUCAAGGAGGAACCAGAAAAGACAAAUUAAUUACAAAGAAGAUUCUGAAAGUGAUGGUUCCCAGAAGAGUUUACGACGUGGCAAAGACAUAAGGCGAGUUCACAAGCGCAGACUUUCCAGUUCGGAGAGUGAAGAGAGCUACGCAUCGAAGAACUCUGAAGAUGAUGAGCUAGCUAAAGAAUCGAAGCGGUCAGUUCGAAAGCGAGGCCGAAGCUCAGAUGAAUAUUCAGAAGCAGACGAGGAGGAAGAAGAAGGCAAACCAUCCCGAAAACGGCUGCACCGAAUUGAAACAGACGAGGAGAGCUGUGACAAUACUCAUGGAGAUGCAGAUCAGCAUACCCAUGACAGCCAGCCCAGGGUCUUGCCCUCUGAGCAAGAGAGCACCAAGAAGCCCUAUCGGAUAGAAAGUGAUGAGGAAGAGGACUUUGAAAAUGUUGGCAAAGUGGGGAGCCCUUUGGACUACAGCUUAGUGGAUUUACCUUCUACUAACGGACAGAGCCCUGGCAAAGCCAUUGAGAACUUGAUUGGCAAGCCACCUGAGAAGCCUCAGACCCCUAAGGACAACAGCACAGCCAGUGCAAGCCUUGCCUCCAAUGGGACAAGUGGGCAGGAGGCAGGGGCACCAGAAGAGGAAGAAGAUGAGCUUUUGAGAGUAACUGACCUUGUUGAUUAUGUCUGUAACAGUGAACAGUUAUAAGACUUUUUUUUUCCAUUUUUGUGCUAAUUUAUUCCACGGUAGCUCUCACACCAGCGGGCCAGUUAUUAAAAGCUGUUUAAUUUUUCCUAGAAAACUCCACUGCAGAAUGACUUUUUAGAAGAAAAAAUUCAACAAGCCCUGAAGUCUUUCUGUGAAGUGACCAGUUUUGAACUUUGAAGAUAAAUAAUUGUAAAUUCCUUUUGAUUUUCUUUUUCCAAGUUCAUGGUCCUUAGUAAUUUCAUUCAUGGAAAAAAAUCUUAUUAUAAUAACAACAAAGAUUUGUAUAUUUUUGACUUUAUAUUUCCUGAGCUCUCCUGACUUUGUGAAAAGGGUGGAUAAGAAUGCAUUCCAUAUAUGUGAGGGCCAAAAACAGAAUUUAGGGGUGGGAGAAAGCACUUGUGCUGUAGCUUUUCAUAUUAAAUAUAUAUUAUAUUUAAACAGUCAUGGCAUAGAUGAUGAUUAACAGACCAUUUAAAAGCUCAAGUCUGAACUGUUGCCUCCUUGAGAAUUGUAGAUAACAUCCUACAUAAGUCACUUAGUAAUAGCCUUGGUGAAAUCAACUUGUUUUACUAUUGGAGUUACCACACUUUAAAUAAAAGGAAGAGACCGUGAACCUACCAUCAUAAAAAAACUUCAACCUAGGUUUCUGUUAUAGUGGAGUUUCUUGUUCACAAAAUCAUAUGAAAAGCAUUUGAACAGUAAAAUCAAUAAUGAAGCUUUGACAACCAGAUUGUGCUAGCAACGAAGUUUUUAAAAAUAGCUUUAUGAAGUGGUAAAAUGUGGCCUUUAUAUACUAUGUCUGAUGAGGAAUUAGUGAAAUAAAUGUGGUCUUUCUUAAUACCUACAUGGACUAUCAACAUUGCCAAUAGUAUAACUCUUGUCUUCUGGCCACUUGUUUUUAAAUAUCUGAAAUUCACUUUCAAGAAUUAUAUCUAUAUGUAACAUACAUGAAGAGAUGCUAAGCUGUCAGUGGUAUUUUAGCACAUUUGAAGACUGGGAAGGGAUUUUCAGGUGAAUUUUAACUGGUCUAUUCUUGCCCUUAGUAUCUACUUCAAAUUGAAGUCUACAAACAAAGCAGUUCCUUUGGGAGGUUUUUAGUUUGAGUUUUAGCAUGUGUGUAUGUGUAUGCGUGCCUGCGUGUGUGUAUGUGUGUUGAAUUUCCUAUCUGCCUGGAUAUAUUAGCAGGGUCCGAAUGUAGUUUUGGCCUUAGGUCAUUAGUCUUCUAUUAAAAUUCAUUAAUAAUCACACAAGCAACAUAGAGUUGAAUGAGAACCACCAGUAUACUUAAUUAAGCAUGACAUCCAUUUUAAACAUCUCAACACUUUAAAGAAAGGUAAGCCCUUUCAAGAAAAGGUGGUUUGUAACUAAAUAUUUAACAUGAUGGACACUAAAAUAUGAACUUUUAGUUUCUGUUACAGCUGUAAAAUUUCAAGCAGAGCCAUAACGUUGUAUAGAGUAUAGCACUUGUGGUUAAUCCUUUCCUGUCACAUUCUGAAACCUUCACCCAUGACUUCUGUGAGUACUAUUGUGCUGGGAUUUGGGUUUUUCUGUCCCAGUGUUGUGUCUGUUGCCGGCAAUGGACACACUGUAUCUGCUGCUGGCCCAAGGAAUUUUAUUCGUUUUUCUUUCCAAAUUAAGCAUUGUAUGUGCUAGUCAAUGUAUACUAAGGCACUUCUCUUAUUAUUGUAAAGCUGGCAUUAGACUUGCAUAUACCUCUCCAAAGUCUGUGUCCCUACUUUUUCAUCCUCAGCAAGUGUUACCCUUAAGUCUUACCUGUUGGCCUUGAAAGUUUAUAGCUGUUGUUUUUCAUUUCACUUUAGUUCUGUAGCACCUGCCCAUUAACAUUUUUGCUUUGAUUCUAGCUGUUUAUGUAUCUGUAUAAAAAAAUAAAAUAAUGAAAGCAACCUAAAAUAGGAUGCAAUAAUAGCAUGUGGUUCCAAGUAACUUGUGAUUUUUAUUUUGAGACAAUAUUCCACUGGACGGGAGGGAAGUGCUUACAUUUAAAGACGGUGAAGCAGGGCUAAAGUGCAGCCAUAUUCACUUACGAAUAGUCCUUUCUAGCUUGGUUUGUUUUAUUUAUUUGAAAGUCAGCUAAGAAUUUUAAACCUUUUAAAGUAUCUAAAACAGGCAGGCAAAAGGAUUCCUACUACACAGCGUAAGGUAAGUGGUUUGAAUGUACGAGUGGCCUUUCCUGCCCCACAGUCUGCCUCUACUGUUUUAGCCCUGCAACCGGGUAAAGCCACUAUGAUGUAGAAACUCUGUGCCCUGUCUCUACCUCUGGACACAUCAGCUCCUGCUUCUACCUAUUAAUUCUCCUUAGUUAAGCAGGUGAUCACUAAUAUUAAAUGAGUAGGUAAUUUAACAGGAUGCUUAACAUGAUGUAAGGAGUUCUUUUUACCCUUCUGCUCUAGAAAGUUCCAGGUAAUUUUUAUAGUAAAGACUGAGUAUUCCAUUUGGCAAAUGUCCACUGACAUGGGUUAUGAAACCACUCGUGCUGCCUGAAACUUACCAAACCUUAAGUGUUUUAUCAACUAUGGUUCACCUACCAAGAAUCUAAUUCAGGAAGCUAAUUAACGCACUAUGCAGAUAGAUACAGUUCUGCUGCCUCUUUUUUUUUUUUUUUUUUUUUUUUUUGUGGUGGUGGUGGUGGGAAACAUGCAUGCUAGGCAAGCACUCUACCAAUAAGCUAAGUCCCCAGACCUGGUUAGUGGUUAGAUUCAGUUCCACAGAGUCUAUAAUCCCUCAGAUAUAGCUAUUCUGAAGAAGUUUGUUAAUGUUAAAUUAAAAAAUUAGAAAAAAUGUUCUAUACCCAAAGACAAAAUACAUUCAUUAGAAGAAUAAAGGAAAGCAGUAAUUAUGUAGAAUAUAGACCAUCUUGGAUCCUUGUUAAGGCACUAGUAUGGAUUCAGAUUCACAAUAGUUUCUAUAGAAUAGAUCCCUUUAAUAAUAUAAGCUUUUUUUAAAAAUAAAGGUGGGCUCCCAAUAUCAAACUCUAGUCUACAGCAAAUAUAUUAAGGGGAGAUGUAGUUUAGUAUUCAGAGAGUUUAGUCUGCAGUUUCUCAGAGAUCUGAUAAUUAGCCAAACUUUCACGAUUCAAAAAGCUUUGAAUUGAAAUAUUACAUGAGAAGGACUCAGACUGGUUCUGUACAUUUGUGUUGAUGAUAGUGUUUAGUGUAAAACAUUUUUCGUUGUUACUACAUUACUCUGCAAAGUAACACCAGACAUUUUCAAGAAUACUGAGGUUGGUUUUCUUUGGCAUCCUUUUCUAAUUGGUCAAAGUUAAAGAUUCAAUAAAUAAAGAGUUUCAUUUAGAAUAAA